AUGUGCGAACGCGUCGUGACGCAUCCCGCGCAGGAGAGAACACUCUCGCCGUUUUUAAGGUCGCUGUGGCCGUCAGAUGCAGCGGCUGAAGAGAACGCUGAAGUCAUGCAUCGUGUGGCUCACUUGGAGGGAUGCAUUGAGCGCUGCCAAACCGUAAUGAACACGGCUGCCCCCGUUUUGAACAGCCCCAGAUGUCACUCGGAUGACGGUGUCACUGCGCUUCAAUUGUGGAAAAGCCUGGAGGCCGCUGAAGCGGAACUGACGGUCGCGCUCUCUCACUUGGCUGAAUGUGACUCAAGCGAUCAUAAGCGUUUUUCCCAUGUUAUGUUUCUUCUGUCUAACGGCAAUGUUGUCGCUGCGCAGGUACAGAACUUGAAGCGGCGAGUUCUGGGCUGCCUCCAUUGCCUCAGGGAGCGAAUCCAACAUGAAUCAGAGGCAUUGACUAUGGACCCUGUGUCUGUGGCAUCCCUCGAGCGUAUUCUAGGAAGCACCAAUGAAAUCAGUGCAGAGCUGCAAGAACGCAACGAUCAUUAUCUUUACCGUGCUCUUGCGUUGCAAAAGGUAUUACUUCUCUCUGCAAAGGGAGAGGACGACAUAAUGCUAGAUGGGAUCCCAAGCAGUCAGACCAGGGAAGGACGCUGGAGCGCAAUGUUGGGCGCCAUCCUCGGAUCUCAUGGGGAUGCGGCGGAGCGAACAAAGGGAAAAGAAACCGUACCAGAUGCCUCUGAGGAGGGCACUUCUGCGGCAAAGAAUUCAAAAUCGAUUGCCGAUAAGUUUACAGAUUUGCAGCUGAUGAACUUGUGUGUAAAUGCCGCUUUUGCGGCUUCCACCUACAAGCAAAACAUUGUUGCGGCGUACGAUUUUGCGCUUGUGUUGAAGUUGUUUGCGAUGAAAUGUCACGCUGUGGAAGAACUCGUGGCAACAGUCCUCUCGCUGCGUCUCGAAAAGGAUAAGAGGCUGUCUGCGGAACAAGUUGUCAAUGAAGGAGAGCUGAUAGGCGGAGAAACAGAGGAGUGGCUCACCUGUACCUUAUCGAAACUGUCUCCCGAAGUGUUGCCGCAGCGAUUCAUGCUGGAAUGCGGCAAAGUCAUGCCCUCUUAUUGGAUCUCAGUCGUCUUUGUGUCGCUUCUGUGGAAUACGGCCUUUUGCUUAUGGCGGAACGGUCACGUGGGAGUGGCAUACCGGUGGCUGUGCGCUGUUGAUGUGGAGCGCUUGCGUCCCAUUGCCGCCGCCGCCGCCGAAGAUGAAGGGGAUGGAACGAGUACGAUGUGUGGUCCGCUGGCGUGGCAGUACAUCGUUCAACACGGCAGCCAGUGUGACAGUAAGGCAACACAGGAGGAGGAGUUUACUAAAUCAGAGAUAUCGCAUAGUGAAACUCAAAGGCCAUCGCGGCUUCGCCAUCUCUUGCGCCGCGUGGCUUGCCUCCGUGAUUUGUGUGCUCUACUGCUCCACAGUGCCACACCUGAAGACGUGCUUUACCUUCUCUUGCACCUAGACAAUGCCCUGAAGUGGCAGCGCCGUCGUAUGGUGCAUGACGGCCACGUGGCUCAGAGAGGUGAAGACGCAACGGCAGAUGUGUUGGCUGUUGUGUUAAUUCUCAUCGAGCACUAUCUUUCUAGACGCGCGGUACAGUUCCUUCACUCCACGCUGCCGCCGUCAUUGUCACUAUCACUGCCAGAAUCUGCACCAAUGACGGUCGAUGCGGCGGUACGGCACGCCAGCGAUGAGCUUAUUUCAUUUCUCAGCGGCAAUGCAUUGUCAGGUAUUGAUGAGCUUGAGCAGAAGGGAGUUCCACUUUCGUGGCACGUGAGGUAUGAUGAUGAAAACGACGACAAUGACGGGAACAACACGGUACCUGGUGAAAACAACACUAGGCCGUUGGGACCCACCUGGCUCACAGUACAAGUCUUCGGCAUGACGCAAGCCUUUGUGUCGGGUUUUCGAAGCAGCGACUUCUUUAAAAGUGCCUUGUCAAUUGGGGAACAGGGAGGUGACGAGCACUUGACAUCGCAAGAGACUGCAACGAACAAUUGGACGAUACGGUCCGUGGCCUUUCCGAGCAGCGUGCAGGGCACCUCGGAUCUCUUCACUAAAGGUGUGGGUAGUGUAUGGGGAGUGAAAGGUACUGAUGUUUCUAGGUUAACUGAAGCAGACAAACAACGAAAAAAACAGCAGGAGCAGCAGUGCUUUCUAGGCUCAUUGUUGGCACACCAGUACAAGACACCUAAAAGUUCUGCAGCGGGGUCUGCGCAGGCAACACUUUGGUUUCCCUCACAACAGGAGAGCGGUGUCUCACUUUUAUCGGGGGAAACAGUAAGCUGCGGUCACGGCGACAAAUCCAAUGAGGUUUCGCUGCGGCUGUUGGUCAUUGCGUGCCGAUACAGCGAUAUCCAAGCGCUUGUUCCGUUGCGUCACCAACACGAGGGCGAAAGUUCAGGUGAACUUUUGCAAUACGUUAUUCCUGAGCUCAACAAAGCCGUUGACACCUUGGUGAGUGAGCUUAGUCGUCGUGUGGAGCACGAAUGGUUGACAGCGUGGCGCUGCAAGCGGGACCAGAGUGCCAGUCGGGCCUGCACCGCCAGUCUGUUGGAAGCGUUGGUGGAAGGACUCCAGUCCUGUGAUGAUGCCCGCGCCCGCAAAGGUAGUUCUGUGACAGCUGUGUAUGGCGCGCAUCGCGGCUCAGGAUCUGCACAGGCCACCGGCGGUGACACCCUGGCGGGGGAAUCUCCUGGUGAUGAUGGAAGCAGAACUGUGGGCGGUGACAGCGAGCCAGCAGAUGUGUGUGAGUUGCCAUCCUCGGCGUACGUGCCAUCCCUCGACUUUGACUUCUCCGCCUUUAGCUCGAGCUCGCCGGAGGCACUGUGGGCCACACGGCAGCUUGUAGAGGAACUGGAACGCCAGCAGGAAAUAGUGGGGCAGUCUUCUGCUGGUGGUGGGGAUGGUGCGCCACCCAGCAGCAGCAGCAGCAGCAGCACGCAAGGUAUUAGUGUCCUCACACCUGCGGCUCGUCAGCUUCUUCAUGAGCAGCUGCCGGUCGCAUGUCAGUUCUUACCGUGGCGUCUCAUUUACAGCACCCGUUUCCACGGGCUCAGCUACUCUGCCAUGAUUGGGUCCAGCCAACGCGCGGCGGAUGCUGCCAAGAAGUGUGGCCGGUCGUCGCCGAUGCUUCUUGUUCUGGAGCUGGUUAGCCCAACGGAGAGAGCGUCUACCGUAGAUGAUAAGAGAGAGAAAGAGGAACGAAUUGUGAUCGGAGCGUAUUUGUCUGAUGCAUUGCAUUUGGGCACGCGACGGUUCUACGGUACCAGUGAAACCUUUGUUUAUCAGCUUCUUCUUCCUGCAUCAUCGGGUUCACCGCAGCUGAAAACGUAUCGCGCCACACGAGCUAAUCAGCACUUCAUAAACUGCUCCUCACACUCGCUGGCCAUUGGCGGGGGAGGAGGGUGUAGCAUCUUUCUUCUUGACUCAGUGAUGCAUGGCUCUACAGCAGCGUGCGCUACAUUUGCAUCACCCCCACUGACACUUUGGAGCGCAUCAUUGACAUCGAACGUAUCACGGUCAGCAGACACAGCAACAUCAGAGGGAGUAGGAGCUGGUGCAUCGGCUAUCAGUUAUGACUUUGAUGUGAAGACGGCAGAAUUGCUGGUGCUUGGGGGAUAG